GCCGCACAAAAACGACUGUUUCUUUUCUCUUUUCCCCGCCCUAUUACUGGCGACAUCGUCGGUUUCUUUCUUCACUAACACGAGUAGGCGCUGGGUGCGGAGGUCGCUGAACUAUAAGUCGGAGUGCGCCACCCCGCCUGAAGAUUUGUGCAUACAUUUAUCUCCCUACCCCCCUCAACAUUAAAAAAAAAAACGAACCGUCAACACCGCAUCUCGCACGACGAUGGAGCACCGGCGGACGCGCACGGGACCGAUUCGCUUCCGCAGCUUCCUGCGCAACACCAUCCUCGAUGUCAUGCGCUGCCGAGGCUGGAUUGAGACGGACAGCGAGACUGAGUGGGACUACUACUGGGCCGAUGUCUCGUGGAUUCGCGAGAACUACGACGGCCUCCGCUUAGAUGACUACCAGCACUUAAACCACUUCCGCAACCACUACGAGCUCACCCGCAAGGAUACAAUGGUGCGCAAUUUUAAGAAGAUGGUGAAGCAGUUAGAGAAGGAGGGCGAUGCGGAGGAGGUCGCGGCGUGGGAUUUUUUCCCCGUCACCUUCGCCCUUCCGCAGGACUACAGCCUGUUUGAGCAGGAGUUCCGCCGGCACCCGAACACUAUCUGGAUCAUGAAGCCGCCGGCGAAGGCGCAGGGAAAGGGCAUCUUUUUAUUCUCCAAGCUUUCACAGAUCGCGGAGUGGCGGCGUGAGUUCAAGCAGCGCAACGGGUACCUGAUCGGCGGCGGCAGCAACGCGAACACCGGCAGUGGCAACGGCAGCAACAACAAUGGAAGUAGCAGCCCCGCGGGGGGCGGUGCGAGCAACGGUCCGUACUCCGCGUACGGGGCAGGGAUGAACAACCCGUACGGCACCUCCGAACCGGUCGAGCCGUACCUCGCCCAGCGAUACAUCGCCAACCCGCACCUCGUCGGCGGAAAGAAGUACGACCUCCGCAUCUACGUGCUCGUGCAGAGUUACCAGCCUCUCGUCGUGUGGCUGCACCGCACCGGCUUUGCGCGCUUCUGCCACCACCGCUACUCUCUGGACGACAUCGACAACACCUACAUCCACGUGACCAACGUGGCGGUGCAGAAGACGUACCCAAAGUACUCGGCUGCCUCCGGCUGCAAGUUUGGCAUUCGCAACUUGCGGACCAUCCUCACCGCCACCCACGGCGCGGCCCGCACGAACCAGCUUUUUGGGGACAUUCAGAAGAUGAUUCUGCGCACCAUCUUCGCCGUGCAGAAGAUCAUCAUUCAAGACAAGCACUGCGCCGAGUUGUACGGCUACGACGUCAUGAUCGAUGACGUGCUGCAUCCGUGGCUGAUCGAGACGAACGCGUCGCCGUCGCUCACGGCGGAGACGCCAGCGGAUUACCACCUGAAAUUUAACAUGCUGAAUGACAUGCUUGACGUCAUCGACUUGGAGAACCGACGCAGCGGCGACGAGGAGCGCAUCGGCGGCUUCGAUCUUAUCUGGUCCAACGGACCAGCCGGCGUGUCGAAGAGCGACAGCAGCAAGGCGAUGAUGGCGUCCUACCUGGGCUGCGUGAGCGAGAACGAGAUCCCGAUCAGUCAGCUGCGACUGCCGCCGCGGCUACAGAACCACGAUAGCAGCGAGCGGCCUCUCACGUAG